AUGUCAAACACGACAGGAAUAACAACAAAAAUAUCAAUGAAUGAUAUUAUUCAAGUAUCUGAAAUUCUUCUACAAAUGGAUAGAUAUAUGAUUGUUAUACUUUAUAUUAUUGGAAUAAUUGGAUCUAUAUUAAAUAUAAUAACAUUUAUUCAAAAACAAAUUCGAAAUAAUUCAUGUUCAUUUUAUUUCUUAUCAAGUUCAAUUGUUGAUUUUUUUAUAAUGAAUAUAUUUAUUCUUAUGGAAAUUAUAACAACAUUUAAUAAAUCCUUAUCUGAUUUUAUUUAUUCAACAAGAGUUUGGUGUAAAUUUGGAAAUUAUAUCAUGUUUUUACUUCCUUGUUUAUCAUCAACUUAUAUAACACUUGCAUCAGUAGAUAGAUAUUGUAUUAGUUCAUUAAAUCAAACAAUUCGAAAAUUGAGUAAUAUUAAAAUAAGUCGUAUAGUGACAUGUAUAGUUUUCUUAGUGUGGUCUUUAUUUGGAUUACAUAUUCUAAUUGCUUAUGAUCGUAUUCGAGAUAUAACAAUAAAUACAGAUCGAUGUACACUUCAAACAAGUUCAGCAACUGUUUUUAUUGUUAUCGAUGGAUUUUUCUUUGCAUUAUUUAAUGGAGCUAUUAUUCCAUUUAUUUUGUCUAUAUUUGGUUUAUUAAUAUUUUAUAAUAUUAAAGUAAGUCGACAACGAGUUCAUUUUCAAUCAUACAGAGGAAAUAACAAUAUACUUAAUCGAACAAGAAUUAUUGUAAGUCGACAAAAUUCACAUAUGAUUAUAAUGUUAUUAGUUCAAGUACUUCUUACAGUUAUUUUUAAUACACCAUAUAUAAUAGUUUAUUUAUCAACUUUUUAUAGACGAUUAUCAUUCGAUCCAUUGCAUCUUUUUCUUUAUAUUAUAUUUAGUUUUAUUGCAAGAUGGUUUUAUUAUAUGAAUUAUUGUAAAACAUUUUAUAUAAAUACAUUAACAAGUGAAUUAUUUCGAAAUAGUCUUAGAAAACAAUUUAUUCGAAUUUAUCCCCAUAAUAGAUUAAAUGCUAUAACAAGAACAAUUAUUCCUUUUAAUACAAAUAAUCAAUAG